AUGGGAAUUUGUACUAAUAAGUAAUAUGCUUAAACUAGUGAUCCUCCUCAAAAUCAAAGACAGAAUCGAUUAUAUUUAAACUAUCAACAAUUAGCUAAUAUUAAUCAUCCUCUGAAUGUGAAUCACAAAUACAACAAUUACUUCCAAAUCAUCCCAGACACUACAGUAGGGAAAGGAAUUAAAAUGACAAAUCAAUAUACUAGUCGUCUAAGUAGAGAGGAGUGGCUAGAGAAGAGAAAAGAAUUUUGGGGUAGGAUUAUAUAAGUUAUUUAAAGAAUCAAGGGUUGAGGGAGAGAAAGUUUAUUGGCAAUCAAUUCAAAAAGCUAUUGAAGAAUAAGAUGAAGGUAUUAUAAUCAAUAUGUAGCAAAUGUACAAGCUAUUCUUAAUGCAUGUGAUCUUAAAUUGGUUAAUAAUUCCAUUUAACUACUUUAUGACAACUCAAUGCAUAAAUAUGAUGUCCCUGUCUUUAUGAUUAAUGAACCUUAAUCAUUUCCAUCCACUAAUUUUUGUGAUGCUGGUUUGAUUCAAGAUUUUUAAGAAACAGAAUUAAAAGUAUGUAUUUAUUGAGGAUAAUCUAUUAUCAGGUCAAAGUGCGUUCUAACAAACUACCUUAAGAUUUUGAGAUUAUUACUCAUACCAAUUAAAGCAUAGCUGAAUUCAAGACUAAAGUCCAGGAAUCUUCUCCAGAAUCUAAUUAAUGUAGGUUAUUUUUUAAAGGCAGAGAAAUGAAGAAUCAUCAUCUUAUUGGAAAUUAUUAACUUAAAAAUGGAGAAGUAAAUACCUUACUAUUCAUUUUUCUAGGUGGUCCAGGCCUUUAUGUGAUAUUACUUAUUAACAAACAAUAUUAUAUUUAUAAUGGCAUUAAUUCAUAAUCAAAAUGACAUAUAAAACAUGUUUAGCAAGGAUACAAAAUCACUUCAGAAAAAUAUAUUGUCUUCUAAAGAAAAGAUGAAAUUAUCAACAAUAGACCAAGAUAUUUUAAUACUAAAUCUUAAUCACUUUCAUCUCCUCAAGAAGCCAACCUCUAUACUGAAAUGAAAAUUUCUGAUAUCCUUAACAAAAAACCAGAUCAAAUUACUGAAGAAGAAUCCUUUAACGUAAAAAUCAACUCAAGCUUUCUUAACAAUUCUCUAAGCAACUUUCUCGAUAAAUAAAACAUUAUACUAAACCCAGGUGAUGUAACAAACCAACCUGUGAACAAUAUCAUGUCAAAUACAGUGAAUUAGAUAAGUAUCUCCUUUCAUCAUUAUAAAAAGAGCUUUUCAUUCUGUUCAUGAUCAAGAUAAAAGUCUAAAAUAAACUACUUAUAAAGAUAUUAGGAAAUCUUGGAUAAUCAGAGUAAAAGUCAUAUCAUUUAUUCAAGCAAACCUAUUGUUGAUCAAACAACAUUUUCUCGUACUUUUUUUACAGAUCUAGCCAGGUAAACUCAAAGGUAAAUAAAAUAUAUAUCCUACUGAAUAAACCUGAUAUCUUUUUUGAAAUGACUAUUUCACAUCCAGAUAGAUUCAUCUUUUUAAGUGUUACUGAUUCUUGGAGUAAAAUUCCAAAAACUUCUAAUAUUGAAUUACAUAAAUAAUUAUUAAGAGAAGAAAUGAAUAUUUAUAAAAAGAAAUAAUUUGCCCUGAAUUAUUGUCCCAAUUUCGAAUUCGGUAGAAAGUAAUUUAUAUAAUCUAAAAUUAAUUUAGAUAAUUAGGUAGUUGUCAAGCUCCUUUGGAUAAAGAAAGUUAGUAAUGACAAAAAUACUUCCAUAUAAUCAUGAAGUAUAUUUAGAAUUUAAUGUAUACUCUAAAAAUCCAUAAAGACAAUUAUUUAGAAAUCCUACUGUUCCUAAUUUUAUUAAACUGUUAGAAAGGGAAUUAGAUGGAAUAUCAUUGAUACCUAGCUUUAUGUAAGUAAAUAUUUAAUUAAAAAUAAGAAAUAUACCAAUACUUGUAUGGGAAUUGAUUAUUUGGAUUAUAAAAUGUUAGAACUCAAUAAUUUUAGAGAUGGUAACUGUCACAACUAGUUUUAUGCUAUCAAAAAUAAAAAAAAUAUAACCUUUAUGA